CACCACUACAAGCACCCAAUCACUCCUUUGACUCACUCAAGUCCAUCAUUCUCCAUUAAAACAAUCAUCGAAAUGAAGUUCUCCACCACCCUCAUUUCCACCGCCGUCUCCCUCCUGACCGGGCCCCAGCUCGUCUCCGCGCUCUGGUCGUGCAGCGAGCUCUCCAAGCUGGGUGACACCGCCAUCGACGGCACCGCCUACAUUCACUACACCUCCAUCCGCGACAGCAGCUACAAGGCCAACGGCGAAGGUGCCGCUGAGCCAUGGAUCGCAAUCUGCACCCCCAGCGACGACUCCUGGAGCCAGAAGGACUUCGGCCUCCCUUGCACCAACUCCGCGGGCGGCAGCCAGCCCUACACAUUCUCCGCCUCUGAGACCGGCCUCGGCGCCAGCCUCGUUGUCUACAGCGGCGAGGGCUGCGAUGAGAGCGCCUCCGACCUGCAGGGCGGGUACAUCUCCUUCGACGGGACGACCAAGGAGUUGAACUCGGACUGUGGCACGCGCAACAAGGGCGUUACUUGCCAGUUCUCUUACUCUGCUUAGGGGUAGCCUCUUUCUUUGAUUGAAGGGGGUCUUCGCCGUGGUGAUAGGUACAGGGGCAGUGAUGAUCGUGUGAUUAAAGUUGGGAAUACGGUUAUUUCCUUUGCUGGUCUUUUUCUGUGUUUACUAUUGAAUAGAGGAAACAGUCAGUGUCAUGGCAUAGCUUGUAAGGUGAUCG